AUGAUUACCUAUUUACAACGAAAGAAAAACCUUCCUCGUACGGAAACGGUUAAUUUUACAAACAUUACGUUACUCAUGGUCAAUGAUGUGUAUGAAAUGUUGCCAGAUGACAAGGGAGUUGGUGGUUUGGCAGAGUUAUCGACCAUGAUUGACAAUGAAAAGAGUAAAUCACGGUUUGCUAUUGCCACUUUGAAUGGUGAUUUCUUGUCGGCAUCGACAUUGGCUGAAAAGUAUAAGGGAGCACAUAUGAUUGAUGUGGUCAAUCAAAUGCCAAUAGAUUUUGUUUGCCCUGGAAACCAUGAAUUUGAUUUUGGAAGUGAAGUUUUAGAGCAAAGAAUCGCAGAAUCUAGAUUUUCAUGGAUUUGUUCAAAUAUUGUGUAUAAUAAUGGAGAUGACACUUCUUACGACAAUAGCGACCAGAACAUUUUGAAAGGAUGUCUUAGGAAAAAGAUAUUAACAGAUCCUUCCUUAGAUGGUUUGAAAAUUGGAUUAUUUGGUCUCUGUACAAAAAACAGUGAAUAUCUCAGCAGACCAGGAAAAUUAAUUAAAUUUCUUCCAUCUAUUCCAAUUGCAAGAAAGAUGGUGAAUGAAUUAAGAAACCAGGACAAGUGUGAUGUUGUCAUUGCACUCACUCAUCUCAAUAUUGCCGAUGACAAGGAGUUAGUGAAACGAGUUCCAGGUAUUGACAUUGUAUUGGGAGGUCAUGAUCAUGAACCAUUCACAGUUGUGAGAGAAAAUUGCCUCAUUCACAAAGCAGGUCAUGAUGGCCAAUUUUUAACUCGAAUUGAUUUAAGAAUUGAGAAAAACAAAACUACAGUUCAAGAUGAGCACUUUCAAACUGUAAAGGUAUAUCCGUCAUGCAACAUGAUGAUUAAUCAUGGUUACAAGCCUAAAAAGAAAGUGGCAGAUGUCAUUGAAAAAUACAUGAGUACAUUACCUCCUGGAAUUAUGGAACAGAUUGGUGUGACAGAAUCCAAGUUAUAUUCAUCUACAGAGAGUUGUCGAACAAAGGAAACUACAUUUGGUAAUUUUGUGGCAGAUCUCUUGUUGGAUGUUUUUGGCUGUGAAAUUGCCAUGUUUAACGGAGGUGGAAUUAGAGGUGACCGAUUCUAUGAUGCUGGUAAAAAAAUUACAAGAUAUGACAUGUUAAAGGAAUUCCCUUUUCCCAACGAGUUGGCUCUCACAAACAUUCUAGGAAAAGACCUUUUAGCAGCGGUCGAAGAGGGUGUACAAAAGGCAGAAAAGGUGGUUGGAGCGUUCCCUCACUUCUCGAAAGGUAUUAAAAUCAUUUACGACAGUAAGAAACCACCCUUACAUCGAGUUGUUGAAAUGACUUUUAAUGGAGACAAGAUCGAUGAGCAAAGAGUGUAUCGAUUUGCAACUGUAACUUAUUUGCUGAAAGGAGGUGAUGGAUAUACCAGCUUACAGAAAGCUCAAAUCGUUGACCAUGAAAAAAACAAUCACAAGAUUUUCGAUAUUGUGGUCGAAUGGAUUGAACACCACAGAACUUUGAAAGCAGAAAUUGAGCAUCGAAUUGUGGACUUGGCUCGAGAAACCAUCACAAACAAGUGGAGUGGAACCAAGGGAGGAGAGGACGAUGACAAUUUUGUGCAAGUCGGUGACAAUCUUUUAUUCUAG